GGGAUAAACAUUAAAAUCUUCGUCAACUUGUUAAAACCAAGCCAAGCAACGUCGCUUUUCAGUUCAUCGAAUCCACUCGAUGAUGACAAAAGAUAUUUGUAAUGGGUAAUGCUUCAUCAACGUUAACUCAGUAUGAUAUUGAGGAAGUCCAAGAGCACUGCAACAAUUUAUUUUCCCAGCAAGAAAUAGUGUCACUAUACCAGAGAUUUUGCCAACUUGAUCGGAAUGCAAAGGGUUUUAUUUCAGCCGAUGAGUUUUUAUCAGUGCCAGAGUUCGCAAUGAACCCGCUUUCUCAGAGGCUGCUUAAGAUGGUGGAUGGUUUGAACUUCAAGGAGUUUGUAGCAUUCUUGUCUGCUUUUAGUGCUAAAGCAAGUAUGCCGCAGAAAAUUGAACUGUACGAUACCGAUCGUAAUGGGAAGGUGACUUUCAAUGACAUACUGGAUGUGCUGCGGGACUUGAGUGGCACAUUCAUGUCAGACAAGCAAAGAGAGGAAGUCUUGAGCCAAGUUUUGCAAGAAGCUGGUUAUACGAGGGAAUCUUCUUUAUUGUUGGAUGAUUUUGUUAAGAUUCUCGACAAACCUGGCCUGAAAAUGGAGGUGGAAGUCCCUGUUGAUUAAACUAAACCUGCAGUCCCUGCUCUUCUGAACUGUUGAGAGAACACUCAGCCGACCCUUUGUAUAAAUUGUUUUUCUUCUUGAUGAAAAAAAAACUGGGUCAGUAAUAAAUUGUAUGCAAAGUGUAUUCUAAUAAAAUUGAGCUUAUUAAUGAACGUUUUCGUCUUUGCAUUACCUAUCCAUACCUGAGUGUUUAUCUGUGUGGCUCAGCGUUGUUAAUGUUUUUAUUGCAUUGUUUCACUGACAAAUUCAACAG